AUGAUAUUCAUUUAACAGUAAUGUAAUAAAUAGUUCAGUAAGCAAUUACAUUUAUAAAUCAAUUAGUUACCUUUGAUUCACAUGCAAAAUGUCUACUUCUGAAAAUUUACGACGAUCUUCUCGAAUAAAAGCUCGUAUUGAAGAAGGAAAAUGUAUGAAAUAUGUGUCAUUAAAUAAUGAAGAUGAGAAUUACAUGUCAGACCUAACAAGUAAACUAAGAAAUGAACUUGAAAAUGUUGAAGAAAUUGUACAAAAACCAGUUGAAUUAUUUUCAAAUGACGAUGUAAGUGGUAAGGCAUUAUAUGGAUUUCAAACACCUAAUAAAAAAAAUGCUAUGGCACAUAAGGCAAAUCUAUGUUCUACACCUGAUAGUUCAAAGGAAGAGAAGCUUGAACCAAUAAUUAUUCUUGAGAAAUUGGAUUUAGUUGGCAACAUACCAUCGACAAUAAAUUCUAAAAAAUUUAGUGCAAAAAUAGUUCCUGUUAAUCGAAGAUCUCCUUCUGGAUUAUCCUCAAGUGAAAGUGAAAGUGUAUCAGAUUCUACUGAUUAUGUACCAUCCGAUGAUGAUAAUGAAAAUGAAUCAAGCCAAAGUGAAAAUACUGAAUCAAGUAAUGAUGAAACAAAUGAAAUUAAAACAAAAAUUCAGGAACACAAAUUUAUGUUGCAAUCAAACUUGUUAAGUACACCAAAAAGAGAUACUAGGAGAAACAAACCUAUGGUUAUUCAUAAAGAUUUUCACUUAAAAACUGAAGAAUAUUUUGCAAAACAAUCAGAAAAGGUAACCACAUCCGAUCGAACAUUAGAACAUUUACGUAACUCGCAUUUAACAAAAGAAAAAUUAGAAGAAUUAUUAGCAGAUGAAAAUUAUAUAUCUGUACAACAUAAGAAACAUAUUUGUUCUUUGACAGAAAACUAUACCAUGUUAUUUCCUAUGUGGUACUUUAUUAUGGAGCAGGGUUAUACUGUGCUGCUUUAUGGUUUAGGAUCAAAAAGGUGCCUAAUUAAUGAUUUUCACAGAAGUGUAUCUCAUCACCCAUCAUUGGUUGUGAAUGGAUUCUUCCCUAGUCUGACAAUAAAGGAUAUACUAAAUGGUAUAAUCGUUGAGUUAUUGGAAUUAAAUUGCCCUAGCAACAUGAACGAAUGUAUAGAUCUUAUAGAAAACGUGUUAAAGAAAAAUCCAAUGGAUAAACUUUAUUUGCUAAUACAUAAUUUAGAUGGUAUAAUGUUACGUUCAAAUAAAGCUCAGGAUAUACUGUCUUGCCUUACAAGCAUACCAAACCUUUGUGUUUUAGCGUCGAUUGAUCAUAUCAAUGCACCAUUAUUAUGGGAUCAUAAAAAACGAUCAAAAUUUAAUUUCUUUUGGUGGGAUACAACAACAUUUUUGCCUUAUAAAGAAGAAACGUCUUAUGAAGGCUCACUUUUGGUAAAACAAAGUGGAGCUCUUGCUUUAUCAUCUCUCCAUAAUGUUUUCCUUUCAUUAACUUCCAAUGCCAAAUCAAUAUACAUACUACUUGCCAAGUAUCAACUCAGCAAUAAUACUAACGCUAAUUUUACUGGAAUGGCAUUUAAAGAUCUUUAUCGAGCUGCUCGUGAAGGAUUCCUCGUAAGCUCAGAUUUAGCAUUAAGAGCCCAGUUGACUGAAUUUAUAGAUCACAAAUUGGUAAAGAUGAUCCACAAGUACAGUUCCUAUGGCAUAGUGGUAGUUGCUCUGGUACUCAUGUUUCGACUUGCGGUGAGCGACUGUGCGCCUCAAACGUCGCGGGUCAGCUCAAACUUGCACAGCAGCAGUAGUAUGGCAGUAAGCCGUGUACCAAGCCCUCCACCACCGGAAGUGAACACCCCUGUGGCAGAGAAUUGGUGUUACACGCAGGUCUUGUGUGCACAGGUGAAGGUGGUUAAGUUCAGCUACAUGUGGACGAUAAAUAACUUCAGCUUUUGCCGUGAGGAGAUGGGAGAAGUGCUGAAGUCGUCCACGUUCUCAGCUGGGGCCAACGAUAAAUUAAAAUGGUGCCUAAGAGUGAAUCCUAAGGGUCUGGAUGAGGAGAGCAAAGACUACCUGUCUCUAUAUCUCCUUCUCGUAUCGUGCAACAAAUCCGAAGUCAGAGCAAAGUUCAAAUUUUCUAUUCUUAAUGCCAAAAGAGAAGAAACCAAAGCAAUGGAGAGCCAACGUGCUUACAGGUUCGUCCAGGGUAAAGAUUGGGGAUUUAAGAAGUUUAUUAGGAGAGAUUUCCUGUUGGACGAAGCGAACGGACUGUUGCCCGACGAUAAACUCACGAUAUUCUGUGAGGUAUAUACCUUUGUCAGCGUGGUGGCGGAUAGCGUGAACAUUUCCGGUCAAAGUAAUACUAUACAAUUUAAGGUGCCAGAGUGUCGGUUGCCGGACGAUCUGGGCCUACUUUUUGAAAACCAAAAAUUCAGUGAUGUCACGUUAACCGUAUGUGGGAGGGAAUUUCAGGCGCACAAAGCCAUACUUGCAGCACGAAGUCCCGUUUUCUCGGCGAUGUUCGAGCACGAGAUGGAAGAAAGGAAGCAGAAUCGAGUGGACAUUACCGACGUAGAUCACGAGGUGUUACGAGAAAUGUUGCGAUUCAUAUACACGGGAAAGGCAGCGAAUUUGGAGAAGAUGGCAGACGAUUUGUUAGCCGCGGCGGAUAAAUACGCGUUGGAAAGGUUGAAAGUGAUGUGCGAGGAAGCGCUUUGCACGAGUUUAGCCAUCGAGAACGCGGCGGACAUCCUUAUUCUUGCUGAUCUCCAUAGCGCUGAUCAGCUAAAGGCACAAGCCAUUGACUUUAUCAACACACACGCGACAGACGUGAUGGACACAGCGGGUUUCAAGUCGAUGGUAAACUCUCAUCCGCAUCUGAUAGCAGAAGCGUUUCGCGCGUUGGCCACUCAACAAAUUCCACCGAUCGGACCGCCCAGGAAACGAGUGAAACAGAGCUGAAAACAAUCACCGUUGACACCGGGCACGACCUCCACAUCGCCCCCGCCUAUUUUGCAUCCCUCAUGACUUUUUUGUGUACAGUGAUACGACGAGUAGUGCUAAAUAAAUGUUUCCUAGUGCGCCAUCCUCUGGUCCACUUUGAACUUUGAAAAAGGAACCGCGACGGACGAUUGUCGCCGUGAUUCUAUCCGACCGAUAUUUAAUCGUUCGUUAGAAAACAACUCUCUUUGGCCAGUUCAAGGCAAGAUACACCAGUAAAAGAUCCAUGGCUAACAUAGACUCUGUUUAUAUUAUAAUUCAGUGAAAUCGUCGACGUUGAAAAGGGAACUAUCACAGAACACACAGAUGGAGAAUGGGAACGUGUGCCACGCUGCUUCAACCGUGUAUACACACGACGAGAGGAAUCUCAGGAUACACAAACAGACACAAUGAUGCACGAAGGAAGUUGUGAUAGACGUCGAUCCAAAACGAUUAAAAAAAAAAAAAAAGAAAAAAAAGAUUUUGUUCCUUUAUCAAGAAAGAAAAAAGUUGUACGGAUCAAACGAGAAUUUUUGUCCCACGCUUGUUGGUUCGUUCGUUAUGGCGCCACGAGCAAGGAAAAGAAAAACAUUAGAUACUAUGUUUAUUAAAGAUAGUGAUUUUUAGUUUAAAGAGAAGAAAAAGAACGUCGAAUUCUUCCAAGGACGGAGAAAAAUGAUUCUAGUUAGUGUUUUUUAUGAUCUCUUUCUCUCAACAUGUACGACUACUACUAUGAUUAUUAUUAAUGCUACACAAUCUGUGCCCCGUAUUUUUGUAUAUUUUUUGUCUGCAGACACUGACCUACGUCCUCUCUUUAUGCGGCCUUUUCUCCUCGUCCACCCCUAAUUUCCUACCCCCUAAUCCUUAGGCACAGUUUGUUUUGUUUUCUUGAGUAUUGCAUAGUAGAUGCAGUGAUAGAUUCGAAUUAUUAUUAUUAUUAUUAUUAUUAUUAUUAUUAUUAUUAUUCUAUUAUUAUUGUAUUAUUAUUAUAUUAUUAUUAUUAUUCUAUUAUUGUAUUAAAUUUAGGGUUGUCCAUAAUUUAUCGAAUUUUAUGUUGAUUAUUAUUGAAAUGUCUAUCCAUAUUUGUGCGCAGGAUACAUAUGUAUUAAUUAGAUGUGUUAUCAAGCAUCGCGUUGCAAAAGAAAAAAAAAAAGUCGAUAACACACGUGUUAUUAGAAGGGAAAAAUGAUAAAAAAAAGUAAAACUGGUGGACACACGAAGUAUAAGAAAAGCAAAAAAAGAUGACAAACUUAAAAAGAAAUUGUAUAAAAUAAAAAGUUAGUCAAUUAUAUAGUACGAAGAUAUUAAUCGUUUUUUGUGUAAUUAACUAUUGAAUUGCGAAAUUGUGCGUGGUCAAUGAUCUGAAUUAUGGGCAACCAAAACCGAAGUAAA